CCGCGAUUCAAGCCAGCACUCUACAACGCCCUGCGCCGCCGGUCGAUUGCCCCGCCGCAGAAUCCGGCACUCCCCCCAACGACCAGCGCCGCCGUUCGAUUCAGGCCCGUCCAAGCCGCUAUUCUGCUUCCUUCAAGCCACGAUUCAGCCUCUUCUUUUCAACGUGUGCAUGUUCCAUCUUGUGAACACAAGAGAUGUGGGCAUAUGAUGGAUUGCUAGAGAUCCUAAAGAUCCAGAAGUUGCGGAGAGUCGUUUCGUAUGCCGGAUUCUAUUGCUUCACUGCAGCCCUUACUUAUAUGUACACCAACAAUACUACUCGAGCUGGGUACUCUAGAGCUGACCAAUAUUAUGCUUCUUACCCAGCUGGCACUGAGCUCCUGACUGACCAAGCCAAGUUAUACAAAGUUGCACUGGGAAAUUGUUUUGAAGUGGAAGAGUGGGGGCCGGUUGAAUGGUCUAUCAUGGCCAAACAUUUCGAGCGCCAAGGGAAAUCACCUUAUGCAUAUCACGCGCAAUACAUGGCACACCUUGUAUCCAACGGGCAACUUGAUGGAAGCGGGUAGAGCUCGGGAGAAUAAACUAACUCAAUCGGAAUAAAGGGUGGCGACGGUGGCGGCAUGGAGGAGGCUGGAAACUGUACUGAAACUGGAUGGGAAACCACUUUUUUCUCUCAAAAUGCUUUUGAACUUGUUUGAUUUAUAAUGUUGUGAUGGGGUAGAAAUGUAGAAUGGUAGUUGUGCUCACUCUGCAGGAAGAGUAUAUAUGCCUAAAUCUGGAUCAAAGGCCAUGGUGGGAGUAACAUAUAUGAUUACAUGAGCACAAGUAUAUAACUAUAUAUAUUUAUAAUUGAUUGAUUUUGAACUGUUUUCCAAAUUUCUAUCUUUGAAUGAACUUUAACCACUCUCCUACAUAAACUUAGGUCACUCUU